AUGAUUUCAAAUAUAGUUAAUAACUUAGCCAAAGAAAACCCAUCAGCCCACAGUAAACGAUCUACCCCUUCAAAAGAUAAACUUUGUGGUUCACUUUACGAGAAAAACAUCGAUGACUUUAUUUCAUUCAAAAGCAAGGCUUUGUUUAAUCGACUCAAAAUUGAUGAAAGUUUUCUCAACGAACGUCCUACUUCAUGGUCUAGUAAUGCUUCAUUUCAAUAUGCCAAAAACAAGGUGCUGACACUGAGAGCAGUUAAUGAUGCAGCAGAAAGAGCGGUUAAGUUAAUACAAGACUUUCAUCGCAAAAUCAUUGUUGAAGACGAACAAAAGGAAUUUUUACUACGCUGCGUACAAGAACACAGAUAUGUUUAUCCUGACUACCCCUUCGCUAUAUCUGAUGCGCGUUUUAUUGAAAUAUUUCGUCUUUCGAAAUAUUUAUGUAAGCUUUUCUUGGCAGAAAUAACUCCGUACAUGGUACCGAGAAGACGAUCAGAUGGAAUUUCAAGGGACAUACGCGUACUUGUUGCAUUGCGCUUUUUUGCUCAAGGAUGUUAUCAGCGUUGUGUGGGCCAAAGCUCUUUGUUAAAUGUUUCUCAGGCAGUUGUUAGUAGAUGCGUUAAGCAGGUUGCAAAUAUAAUGAAUCGGUAUUUUGUAGUAAAGUACAUCAAAUGGCCCAGAACAAUUCAGAAAUUAUGCGCUAUAAAAGAGAAAUUUUAUGAAAAGUUUCGGUUUCCAGGGGUAAUUGGUGCAAUUGAUUGCACUCAUAUAAAAAUUAAAACCCCGAACUUAGCUAUUGAGCAUGUGUAUGACUGCAGAAAAGGAGGACAUUCGCUAAAUGUUCAAGUGGUAUGCGAUUAUAAUCUAAAAAUUUUAGAUUGUAAUGCUCGCUUCGGCGGCACUGCACAUGAUGCAUCCAUAUGGAGAGCCAGCGCCUUACGAGUGCUUCUUACUCGAAAGUACGAAAAUGGGGACCGAAAUUUCCGGUUAAUAGGAGAUAGCGGUUAUCCCCUCUUACCCUUUUUGAUGACACCUGUUCAAGGAAAUAAUUUGUCGACGGCACAUAACAAUUAUAAUGUGCAACAUCGAAAGGCGAGAAAUUGGAUUGAGCGUUGUUUCGGAUUAUUAAAAAGUAGAAUUCGUUGCUUUAGUAGCGAAAGAACUUUAAUGUAUGAUCCUGAAACAGAGGGCAAAAUUGUUAAUUCAUGUUUGGUUCUACAUAACUUCAUUAUUACACAUAAUAUAAUGAACGAAGUUAAUGAUGUUGACUGCGCAGAAAACACGGACGAAGAAAUAAAUGAAGAUAAUGACUUUGAAGCACAAGAACCCGUCCCUGAAGCGUUUCUAUGGCCUGCACGCGUUCGUCCGCAAUCUCCUUCUCUUGUUUGA